AUGGUAAAUGAUAAAGAUUCAAUUCGUACAAAAGAUAUAAAUUUCAAUGAAACGUCGAAUUCCACUGCUGUGGAUCUCGGUGGUGAAGGACGUGCUUCUGGUGUUUUCCAUAGAUUUAUAGAUUCUUUCAAACCUCCUGUAGAAGAUGAGAAAAGUGACCUAGAGGAAAUGUCAAUGGAAUCUACAGAUCGUCAUUUAAAAAAAGCCAUGAAAUCAAGACAUGUCAUUAUGAUGACCCUGGGUACAGGUGUCGGUACCGGUUUAUUAGUGGCUAAUGCUAAGGGUCUUUCUUAUGGUGGUCCAGGUGCUUUAGUCAUAGGUUAUAUCCUAGUUUCCUUCGUUACAUAUUUCAUGAUUCAGGCUGCGGGUGAAAUGGCUGUUACUUAUCCAACUUUACCUGGUUCUUUCAACACUUACACUUCCACUUUCAUUUCUAAACCUGUAGGAUUCGCUACAGUUUGGUUAUUCCUUAUUCAAUGGUUGACUGUCCUACCUUUAGAGUUAAUUACCGGUACAAUGACAAUUCAAUAUUGGAAUGACUCAAUUAAUGCGGACGUAUGGAUCGUCAUUUUCUACGUAUUUUUACUCUGUGUUCAUGUCUUUGGUGUUAAAGCUUACGGCGAAUUAGAAUUCAUUUUCAAUACGUGCAAAAUCCUCUUCAUUGGUGGUUUUAUCAUCUUCUCCAUUGUUGUCAAUGCUGGUGGUGCCGGUACUGAUGGUUACAUUGGUGCUAAAUACUGGAAAAAUCCAGGUUCUUUUGCCUCAAGUACUAGUGCCGGUAGAUUUAAAGAUGUCUGUUAUGUUUUAGUUACAGCUUAUUUCUCAUAUGGUGGUACUGAAUUAUACGUUUUAUCCGUUAAUGAACAAGCAAAUCCAAGAAGAUCUACUCCAAAGGCUGCAAAACAAUCAAUUUAUCGUAUCUUAAUCAUUUACCUUCUAACAAUGAUUCUUAUCGGUUUCAACGUUCCACAUGACAAUGAUCAAUUAAUGGGUGCAGGUGGUUCCUCUACUCAUGCUUCUCCUUACGUCUUAGCAGCUUCUAUUCAUGGUGUCAAAGUUGUCCCUCAUAUCAUUAACGCAGUCAUCUUAAUUUGUGUUACUUCAAUGGGUAACUCCUCAUUAUACGCAGCUCAAAGACUUUUCGCUUCUUUAGCUGAACAAGGUUACGCACCAAAAUGUUUAGCUUAUAUCGACAGAGAAGGUAGACCAAUUAUAGCCCUAGCAGCAUGUGCUGUCGUGGGUGUCAUCGCAUUUGCUGCUGCCUCUUCCCAAGAAGAACAAGUUUUCACUUGGUUAGCAGCCAUUGCUGCUCUUUCUGAAUUAUUCACAUGGUCAACUAUCUUAUUAUCCCAUAUCAGAUUUAGAAUGGCAAUGAAAGUUCAAGGUAAAGAUUUAAAUGAACUGGGUUACAAGGCACUCACAGGUGUCUGGGGCUCCAUGUGGGGUUUCGGUUUCUGUGUCUUGGUUUUCAUCGCACAAUUCUGGGUCGCUUUAUCUCCACCAGGUGGUACCAUCUCUGCUGAAGGUUUCUUUGAAAGUUAUUUAGCUUUCCCAUUAUGGUUAUUCUUCUAUUUUGCUUAUAUGCUUUGGAAAAGAGAUUUCACUUUCUUAACUAAAUUAGAAGAUAUCGAUUUAGAUGCACACAGAAGAAUAUAUGAUCCUGAAUUCUUAAGACAAGAAGACGAAGAAAGAAAAGAAAAGAUUAGAAAUUCGUCAUUCUGGAUUAAAAUGAAGUAUUUCUGGUGUUAA